CGGCCCCGGUGGUGGUGGUGGGGGAAGCCGGCCGCGGCCCCGGGGAGGGAGCGGGGAGGGCCGGGCGAGGCGCAGCGUUGCGGGUUGCCGUCCCCAGGGCCCCCCCUAGCUGAGCCCCUGCUGCGGGCUCGUCGGGCUCCUGUAGGCCGCUGCGGCGCAGGGCUCGGGCCCGUGGCGGCUGCCGGUGCGGCCUACUCAGCGCCCCGUUCUCUUCUGCCGGCCCGCAGGAAGGAGCUGGGAAGCCGGGAAAGAUGAGCUGCGCCGCGCUGCUCCCAGGCGGUGAUCGAGAGCGCCCCGAAGACUAAUGCAGAAAAUCAAUAAGAACGUGGUCCUGGCGCUCCUUUCUCUGACCAGCCUCGUUUUCCUCCUAUUCCAGUUGUACUAUUACAAGUUCUACCUAUCGCAGAAGAAUGGAGCAGUUUUUUCCAAAGUCAGAGGAAGCCAGUCAGGCCAGGACAGCACUAGAUGGCACGUGGUUAGGAAGUUCCUAGGCUUAAUAGCCAGUCACAAUAUACCAGUGUAUUUGAUUGAUCCUUUGAUUCUGGGACUGGUUGAUAAAGACAUUGAACAGAUCAGAAGUUCUCCUGAUGGCCCUAAUCCAGAAUGCAAGUACUUUUGUGCUCCAAGAGACUUUACUACGUUUGCACUACUGGACAAAACAUGGAAACACGAAGUGGGUCUUUUUAGAACUGCUGAGAAAAUGGGGUUCCAAUGGCUAAAGAUUAUAAACAAGGACCCCCGCUUGGAUGGGAUGGAUGACCUGUCUGGGAUUGAAAUUCCGUUGCACUACAUAUUUAAACUGGCAUCUCAUGCUAUUCACCUGGUGGUGUUCUAUGAGAGGAGUGGUAAUUACCUCUGGCAUGGCCCUCUGAGACUCAGGCAACAUAUGGACAGAAAGUUUGUGCCUUUCCGGAAACUCCACUUUGGUCGCUACCCUGGAGCAUAUGAAAAGCCAGAACUUCUGCUUGUUUCCAUUGAUGACAUAAAAGUUCAAAUUCCAAAAAAUCCAUCCAGUUUUCUAGAGGAGAUGUCACACUCUAGAUUUCUUGAAUGUAGGUACAGAGAAGCUCGGGCUUUCUUUCAGCUGUAUCCUGAUGAUGCCUCCCUUGAUGCAGUGGAAUUCAGAAAAAAAGCAAAAUCCUUGCUCCAUCUGGCUGCCCUGACACUGAAUAACUUAGGGGUAAAGUUCUGGCUGAGCAGUGGAACAUGCCUUGGCUGGUACAGACAGUGCAAUGUCAUUCCUCACAGCAAAGAUGUGGAUUUGGGAGUCUUUAUAAGGGACUACAAAGCAGAUAUCAUUCCAGCCUUUCAGAAGGCAGGGUUACCACUGAAGCACAAAUUUGGCAAGGUAGAAGACAGCUUGGAACUCUCUUUCCAGGGAGAAGAUGAUGUGAAACUUGAUAUUUUUUUCUUCUAUGAAGAGGAUGACCACAUAUGGAAUGGAGGAACUCAGGCCAAAUCGGGCAAGAAAUUUAAGUAUCUCUUUCCAAAGUUUACUCUGUGUUGGACUGAAUUUGUUGAACUCAAGGUACAUGUGCCCUGUGAAACCCUUCAGUAUGUUGAAGCCAACUAUGGCCCAGACUGGAAGGUUCCUGUGAAGACGUGGGACUGGAAGAGCUCGCCAUCCAAUGUGCAAUACAAUGGUGUCUGGCCUGUCGAUGAAUGGGAUGAUGUCAUUCAAAUCUACUGACCACCUGACUGCUAAUAGGGCAUACCUGAUACCCUUGAAACUGUCGGUGUUUUUUUCACCUUCAUCAUGCAUUUUCCAGGUAGUUGAAGGAAAAGAUCAAAGGCAACUGAAGAGAAGGAAAUCUGAAAGGAAAGCUGCACAAAGAGAGUAGAGAAGAAAUGUUGCAUUAAACUUAUGGGCAGUUGACUGUUCAAAUGUAAAAGUGGCCAGCUGGCUUUGACUUUCCUAGGAUCAUGAAAGCCUUGGGACUGUUCACUUCUCAAGCUUAAGAGAGGGAUAGGAUGGAAAAAAUCCCAGAGAAGUUCCUCUUUUUUCAGAGGAGGUCCUGUGAAUAUUCAGCUUUUAAACACCUAUGAGUACCUCAAAUGUGUUUGAUUUGAGACUGAUACUUCCAUACGAUAUACAGCAGGUUGCUCUUGGCAGUGGAAUAUUUCUAUUACACAGGACCUGUAUGACUCACCUGCUUUACACGCAGGAAGUAGUGGGUAACGGUGUCAUACUAAGUGAAUCGAAGGAGCAGCUGUCCACACUGGACAUCUUCCAAUAACCGUUGGGUUUUUCGUGAACUAACCACUGCAUGCAAUUGUGACAGGGGAUGUUAUCUGUGGGUUGUUUUUUUUUCUUUUGUUUCUUUAUUAAGAACACAGAGGUAUAUGCUGCAGGGAUAUUUUUCCUAUGAAAAAAUAAACAUACUGGCUUUGAUGUCCCAGUUAGUGUGUUCUCCAUGUAAAAGUUUUGACUAGAUUUUAAAAAAUUAUAGCUAUCCUUGCUUUUUUACAGGUAGAUAGAAACGGGGAUAUUCAUAGUUUUCUGUUUAACAUGGGCUUGCAGAACAGAGAUCUCAGAGAAUUGCAGCUCUUUAAGUGUAAGCAGAAGUGUUUACAAAUACCAACUGUUCCAUCAAAUUUGCAGUAGCAUUAUUGCAAGUGAAGUGUUAGUGUAACAUUAGGCUUUGGACAGGAAAAAAGUGGAAGCCUGACAGCUCUCUCCUCCUUUUUCUGCUUGUGCGUUUGGUCAAUGAAUUAAGUAUUCUCCAUCAGUAUUUUGGAGGGGGAUAGUAGCUUUCAUACAAGUGUGCGUGUCCCAAGUUUGUUCCAGUCUUUUUGUGCAGGGAAGACAAGGGUACUAGAGCUGCUAGUGAAUUACAACUGUAAUAUAUGGUACAGACCCAGGAGUAUUUGUGAACCGGUGUCAAGGUACUGGAUUGAGCUUAUGUUUACUUGCAGCAAAGUGGUAUCCAUUCUUUCCUUGCUAAAGCAGAAAGGCUAUCUGGGGGUUGCAGCUUUUCCAACUUUCACUGGGUAAAGGUUGAGCCUGUGGUUUGUGUUCCGUUGAUCUGCAGUUUUUGGCCCUGUAUUCAAAUGUGUGAAGUUCUGGAGACAUGAAAUAGCUACUGCCAUGUGGCAGUUGUACUACUGUAUCAUUCCAGGUGCACACCGGGGCUUCCCUGCUAUUUUUGUCCUGGAGUGUGCUGCACGCUUUUUCCUGCCAAUCCUGUCAGUUCCAGUGGUGUCCUGCCACGGAAGCACUGGAGUAAAUUAUUUAGCUUCUGGCAACAACUUGUCAUGCUAGCUCUUCAAUUCAUAUGGUAACUUUGUUAGGUUUGCCUAUUUAGGAAGAGAGAGAUGUAAAGUCCUGCUAAUGCCAUUUACUUGGUAAACAUUACAUCAUACGAGAUAAUUUCUCAGGUAGAAUUUUUUGUAUUUUUUUCCUUAAAAUGAAAAAAGCCAGUGUCCUUAUGAUUUUUGUGUUCAGAACUCCAUUGUUGUGAGCUUCUUUGUUUAAUAAUAUACAAUAAGCGUGUAACUUUUUCAAAUGUGAUAGAUGUUUUAAGAGUGAAAGAAAAGAUUCUAUCAGAAAAUUAUAAUCCUGUCAAAUUUUUUACUUUGUAUUUGUAGAUGGGAAGACUAAUGGAAAAAAAUGCAUGUCCCUGAAAGGUAGGAUGUCUUAAAUCAUUCAUUAUACCUGUAAGUUAUUCUUCAGUUUAAAGUAUUUUCUCUUCAGAGCAUACAUGUGUGUGUUUAACACUGAUUAAAAGGAGCAUCUAAUUUGCAACUCAAGAUGUUUUUUCAUCCUUUGUUUUGUCAUCUUCAGUAGCAUUGAACACACUUCAUUGUAGUUACCAUGCCAUAACGCAGAGAAUAAAAUUGUGAACUGUUACACUGCUUA